GACAGACGUAACUCCCGUUUUCUUUCAGGUCCGCCCAUGUGCUAUAUAAGCCGGACUCGGCCGCACUCAGUAUCUUGCAGUCUACUCGCUACAUAGAGAAGAUGUCUGGACGCGGUAAAGGAGGGAAAGGUCUCGGUAAGGGCGGAGCCAAGCGGCACAGGAAGGUGCUCCGGGAUAACAUCCAGGGCAUCACCAAGCCUGCCAUCCGCCGUCUAGCUCGCAGGGGAGGUGUGAAGCGCAUCUCCGGCCUCAUCUAUGAAGAGACUCGCGGUGUCCUGAAAGUCUUCCUGGAGAACGUCAUCCGUGACGCCGUCACCUACACCGAGCACGCCAAGAGGAAGACCGUCACCGCCAUGGACGUGGUGUACGCCCUCAAGCGCCAGGGCCGCACUCUCUACGGCUUCGGAGGUUAAUUCUGCUUCUACUCGGCUCCAUCUCAUCAACCCAAAGGCUCUUCUCAGAGCCGCCCACAUGUUCUAUGGAAAGGCUACAAUUCCUUGUGUCUUCUCUACUGAGAGGUUGUGUGAUCGGUGUUUUGCUCUUGUGGUUGCGGUGUUUGUUUUUCCCUGUCCUGCCAUAAUCGCUGCACCUGAUCAGUCUAUCGGUAUUUCCCUCCUAUCUGCUCCGGGGGAUCUCCUCUGAAUGUUCUGACUACUGCCCUCAUCUUCCUCCGUGAUUAUAGUUACUGUUACAAUCUACAUUCAUCUUCUCCAGAUUACAUUACUUCCCUCCCCACCAUAUCACUCAUUACCUCCCUAAAGAGUCCGUGUUAUAGAACAUGCAAAUCUCCUGAUAAUAUCCCGGUAAGA